AUGUCCAAUGAACCAAUGUUUCAGGUCCAAGUGGAUGAAUCUGAGGAUACAGAAUGGAAUGAUAUCCUAAGAAGCCGUGGUAUUAUCCCGGAAAGAGCACCCUCUCCAACUGCGCAAUUGGAAGAAGCACUUGAAGAAGCUUUAGCAAAACAACAUGAAAAUAGAUUAGAGGACAAGGAUCUUUCAGAAUUAGAAGAAUUGGAAGAUGAAGAAGAUGAAGAGUUCUUAGAAAUAUACAAGAGGAAGAGGAUGGCUGAAUUAGUGAAAUUACAAGAGAGAUCAAAAUUCGGUGAUGUUUAUCACAUCAAUAAACCAGAGUACAAUAAAGAGGUUACAAUAGCGAGUCAAGGUGGAGAAAAGCCUGAAUUUAUAGAUAAUACAAACACACAAGCUGUUUACGUAUUUGUUCACUUAUCAUUACAAAGCAAAUUACAGAGCAGAAUACUUUCACAUCUUUUCCAAACUGCUGCAUCCAAAUUUCGUGAAAUAAAGUUUGUAGAAAUACCUGGCAAUAGGGCUAUUGAAAAUUAUCCGGACGAUAAUUGUCCUACUUUAUUAGUGUACUACAAUGGUGAUGUCUUAAAAAAUCUCGUCAGUCUACUAGAAUUAGGCGGUAAUAAAACCACAAUGAAAGACUUUGAAGAAUUCUUGGUUAAAGUGGGUGCUGUUAACGAUAGAGAUGAUAGACUCAUAAUGAAUCAAGAUGAUGAAGACGCGCGUGAAGAGAGGUACGCUAACUAUGCUAAUUCUAAGAGUAUAAGGACUGGUAUUAAAUCAAAAUUUAAUGUCGGAGUUGGUGAUGGUAGUGAUGAUGACGAUUUUUUUUGA